GGGAUCGUCGUCAGUCGCCUGUGCGCCGCCGCCGAGUCGCGAUCAGUCCUCCUCCGCCGUUGGAUUGUAGUUAUUUGUCGCGGGGAUUAAAGGGUUAAUUUUUGGACGGAGGCUGUCGUUAUCAGUUACGUUUGGAGUGACGGGGGAUUGAUACAAAAGGUGUUGAGUGGCUUUUUAGAUAAUUGGCGGAAGAUUUGCAGCGAAUUCCUCGAGGACAACUUUCGAAUCCUGUCAACAUGUGGUGAAUUUGCGCGGGGUCAUUUUAAUGAUUUAGUGCGAUUGUAUCGAUGCUGAUAUGCUAAUUCUACAAUUUCACAAGGAAGAAAGGGAGAGCUGAGUUUCGAGUUGUCGGGUGACAAAGUGAGCUGUAAUUAAGUGUGUGUGACCCAGAAGCAAUCAACGAGCGUGGGGGUGUGAAGUUGGAAUUCCAUCGCUUAUAAUUAUUAAAGGCCGGAGUUAAUUAAUGCGCGCCAACGAUAACGUGCACAACAUGUGAGCGAUUCGCGCGGGUGAAGAAGCACAUCGCAGUUCGAAGUUAGUUGGGACUAAACCAACCCAAAAUCCCAACCAAAAAAAGAAAGAAGAAAGAGAAAUUUGUGGCACGUGCGUGGGUGCGUUGCUGUUGAUUGAUGAUCGCGAACAUGGAUUGGCCGCGAUCGGAACGGCAGGGCUGCUGCCAUCAUCGGUGGAACCGGUUAAACCGACGAGCUACCGCCAGCGCCGGUCAUCAGUCAAGGUACACAUUGGACCGAAAUGAAGCGAAGAAAUUCAUAUCGUGUGGGACAUCUUCACGAUUCCACCUAAUCCUGUGUCUAGUCGCAUGCCACCUGCUCGCCACACUGGCCGUCGGUGCAGCCGAGCUCACGACUGCCGGCAUCGCUGGCGGCGGAGGUCCUGCCCCGAUAUCGGUCAACACCCCUCUGCAGCAGCAGCCCGCCGAGGAUGCAGCACCCUUAGUCAGUAGCAGUGAUAGCAGCAGCAAUAGUAGCAGUAGCAUUAGCGGCAGCGUUAGCAGUAGUGCCGACACUAACCAAAGAAUCCAAGCGGCCGCCCGGGACGCGUUCGGGGUGAGAUGGAGCGCGCUCAAGUACGUCAACAAGGGCGAGCUGGGCAAGAAGCGGUACGAGAAGAAGGCAAGUUCGGGCGCUUCUUCGGUGGUGGACCUGGGCGACUGGCAGUGCCCAAACGUUAGUCAGAGCAGCAAUUUGGAGUGCGGUUGUGAUAUGCCCCACACGUUGCGAUGUCGCGGCGAUCUGCACGGGUUGGAGUUGAUCGCGGAGGGGUUGAGGGCUUCGAGGUAUGCGGUUUCGCUGCUGGACUGUACGCUGAAGAACGUGAGCGUGAUUAGCGAUGCGAAUAUCUUUGAGAAUGUCUCGCUGCAGGGGUUGGUGAUAUCUUCGGGGGAGAUUAAGCGAGUUCAUAGGAUGGCGUUUGCGGGGAUCAAAGGGGGUUUGCAGGCGUUGGGACUCCCGAAUAACGCUCUGGUUGGUGUUCCAAUGCAGUCCUUCGUAACUCUACCACAGCUAGACAGGUUAGACCUGUCCAACAACCGGAUCAAGGCGAUCCAGAAUACAGAUUUCAUCUCGUUGCCAAAGUUGUCCUACUUGGAGCUCAGUGAGAACCAGAUAUCCUAUCUGGCUCCGAAGAGUUUUAUCCCGUUGAAGAACCUGAUCCACCUCAAGCUGAACGGGAAUCGACUGGGCGAAUCCCCAGAGAGCAUGAAAGCCAUCGAGUCUAGUCUGAGCUUGCGUGAGUUGGACCUCCGAUCCAACACGAUACGAGGUCCGUUAAAGAACACCACACUGCCAAUGGUGAAGGGCCUGGAGAUUCUCAACCUGGACAAGAACUCCAUCACCAGCAUCCAAAAUGGCGCCCUCGAAGGACUAGCCUACCUGCAAAUGCUCUCUCUCCGCCACAACCAGAUCGACGUCCUGCAAGAUCACGCCUUCUCCGGACUAGCCUCGCUCCAAGUCCUCGACCUCGGCCACAACGGCAUCGUUGCCAUAUCCGGAUCAUCCCUGAAGCACCUCCCCCGACUCAUCGUCCUGGACCUCACCCACAACUUCCUGCGUGCCCUAACCUCCGACAUCGUCUCCCCUCUGCCCUCCCUCAAGGAACUCCGCCUAGACGGCAACGACAUCACCAUAAUAGCCCAAAACGCCCUCUUCAACGCGACCGAACUUCACAGCCUCUCGCUCGAGAACAACCCGCUGGCGUGUGACUGCUCCAUGAAACCCUUUGCCGAGUGGCUGUCCACAUCGCGGAUCGCUUCCCAGGACGUCCUCGGAGCGGUCUGUGCCACUCCGCCCCAUCUGGAAGGCGCUUCCCUGCUGCAAAUCACCACCGACAGCAUGAACUGUAACGGCAGCGGAGGGAAGGAUCGUACCGCGGAGAGUACCUUCCGGACGAUUGAGGUGAUGCUGAAGCUGAAGAACAACAUGUCCUACGUGCGGGAUAUUAGUGGGGACGUGCAGCUGAAGGGGAUCAACUUCACUGACGAGAGCGAUGUUUUUCUGUACUGGCGCAUGCAAACGGAUGAUUACUCGUGCCGGUUCGUGUACGUGUUCCACGAUGAUGACCCAGAGAAUAUAUUGUACAAUUCGGAGGUUUCCUGUAAUCAAAUGCCGGAACUCGCAAACGCUACAGACUACGUCUUUGUUACCAAACUCAUCGGAGCGUAUGAUUUGCAGAGUGAAUUAAGUUACAAAUUCUGCCUCAUCAUGAAGGAGGACAUCUCCAAGGACGAAUAUCUGGGCGCCUGCCAGAUAGCGAUCCUCCCGGUACCCAACCAGAACCGCACCAAAUCAAAGUCCAUCAAAAAGGAGCUCUAUUCGGGCUCCGGAAAGCCGGGAGAAACGGACAUUUCGGACCUCAACCGAAUCGCCGAAGCGGACCGAGUGGACAACGAAGGUGACGCCGGCGAAGAUCAGUCCGCGUAUUACGACGAAAUGUUGAUGAGUCGGAUGGCGGACGAUCCGGACACGCCGUUCAACCGGAUGCGGCUGGAGGAAGCCGCCGCGGCCAAGUUGCCCUCCGUGGGUGUAAGUCGGAUGGUGCUGGAGGGACUCGGCGCCGUCAUCAUCGUGACCAGCCUGAUGGCGUUCAUUUGGGGCUUUAUUCGGCUGAAAAGUGGCCGCAGUAACAUUCCCUCGAUGAGCACCUGCUACACGGUGGACGAGCGGAGGGGCACGGUUGGGCAUGAGGUGGAGAGUAGGAGCAGGUACUUUAAGCUGCAAGCCACCACGAGUUUAUGAUGAAAGGUGAAAUUGUUCAUUAGAAGAUUGUGUAUGUUUGCUAAAUUAACAUUCCUAACCAGAAGCACAGAGUACUGAGAACAAUUAUUAAUUUAUUUGUUACAUAUUAACUGAGUCAAUUGUAUAUUUGGAUUGUAAAUAAAUUGAGAAGAUGAUAGAGAUAUUUAUAUUUUUAAACACGAAGUAAUAAACACACAAACAGUAUUAGCAUUUAAGAAAGAUCGAUCUGUGAACACCAUUUUUUACUAAUUGUUACUUACCACAAAAUAUUUAACACUAUAGAUUUCAAGGGAAACUUUUUGUGCCAUUUUUCGAAGCUGGUUUUUGUAAAUAAAGAUUUUUUGAAAAAUAA